AUGGCUCCACGAAGUCUUCCACCGCGGACGCCCAAGAAAUACAAGAAGAAACUGGCCCAUGCCAGAACCGUACCGAACCCGAAGGAUACACCACGGUCGCUCCCAUCGUUGGCCCCGCUUAUCGAAGCGCGCAGGCUUCGCGCCGAAAUUGGCGACUUGAUGAAUUCGGAAACUCUCGUCUGCACGCCCGACGAGUUCAUGGACUGCUACAUGCCACCCCGAGACCAAGAGAAGAUACAGAUAGUGUUGGACCUCUUACUCGACGCAGGAAUUCUUGUCCCUCGCAAUCCUAAUCUGCCGACCGCUACCGAGUCGACAAAGGGUGCAUACCGCUAUGUGUUUAAGGUCUUCCAGCAAAAGCCCUCUGAAGUGAAGAAGGGAGCGAAGAAGCGUCCCCAAGGAGAUGACGGCGAGAGCAGUGAGAGAACCGUGAAUGAGAUCCGGAUGUUCGACAAUCUAGGCGAGGUCGGCCAGGCGAUUCUCCAUGCCUUGAAGAAUGUCGAUGGGGUGAAAACCAACGGCUACCAGAUUCGCAUGUGCCCGCACAAGCCAGUCACAUCGACAAUCGAGGGAGAUGGCCACCAGAUAGAUGCUGCACUCACGAGGAAUCUCAACAAGAAGAUACCUCUGCUCGUGACUGACAUCAUAAUCCCGUUUGAAUUCAAACUGGAGCUUGUUAACAAAGAAGGGAACCGCCAGCAAUUGGUUUGCCAUGUGAACCACACCAUGAACGACGAUCCCCGUCGUCUAUGGGUCUUCGGGAUAACUAUUGAGGAUGACCAGGUCACUAUCUGGUAUUUCUCCCGUUCGCACUCGAUGAUGUCAACGUCCUUCAGCUUCCUUGAUCGCGCAGACUUACUCGUCGAGAUCCUGGUCUCGUUCUUCUGUGCAACGGACGAGCAGCUUGGCAUCGAUCCCAAUGUCAAGCUAGUCGGAAAGGACAAAUACGUCUACAGGUUCCCCGCCGAUUCCACCAACCCCAAACCUGCCUACUAUUACACUGUUGACUCCAUCGAGGAGUAUCGACCACUGAAACUGCGGUGUCGCGCAACUCGCCUUUGGAGGGUUACGCAAGUCGAAUCUUUUGACAAUUACAAUCGCAUUACCAACAAAGACUUUGUCCUCAAGGAAGUCUUCCUCAAUUCCGACGCUCCAUCCGAGAUGGAUAUCCAGCAGAAGCUUUUCGAGGACGUAAAGAAGUUUAGGGACGACAAGGGGUGGCGUCAGCGGGAGAUUCUAUCGGCCUUCAGUCCAGAGAGCAAGAGAACGCUUGGUGCUGCACUCAAAGACUUCAAGAAAUAUUUCUCCUGCGCCAUCCGCCAACACAGUGGCAAUCCUGGUCUCGAAGUAUCACCCAAAGCACGGGCCGUCUCUAACAUAUUCCCAGUCUACGUACCACCUCCAGAGCAGCCCCUCGGGAGCACGGUCAGGCGUAUGAGCGGAACUCAACCACCUGUCAAGAAAGGUGGUGCGAGGAAGGCGACCCAAAAGAAGCACACCGGAGCGAUGGGGUCCCCGCCCGACCCCAACGCACUCACUCCAAGACGCCCAUGCCGAGUUCUCUUCGAGAAUGUCUGCACCCCCCUUCACGAUAUACCAACCCUCGGAGAAGCCAUCGACGUUUUGAAGCAAUGUGUCAUUGCUCUUCAAAUAAUGUUCUGUGCCGGAUGGGUGCACCGGGACAUUAGCGCAGGAAACGUUCUCGCCCUCCGCCGUAAGCGAGGCGGGAAGUGGCAAGUCAAGUUAUCUGACCUCGAGUAUGCAAAGAGAUUCCCUUCGGAUGCACCAGCCAGCUCUCAGCCCAAGACAGGGACACCUUACUUUAUGCCAUGCGAAAUCCUAAUGCAACGUCUCUUCCGAAAGGUUGCCUACAACAGAGUAACAGACAUCAGCGACGAGCCUUCGACGAGCGUGGUACCUAGGCCAAGUGUUAUACAUGGCUAUCAGCACGACCUGGAGUCCGUCUGGUGGAUCAUCCUCUGGUUGAUUACCAUGCGAGUGGCGAUGAAAUUGCCCAGAACGUGGGGGAAAAAGAUCUUCUGUAACGAGCCGGACGCAAACAAUCGUAAGGUCGUUCUUGACCCCAGUGACCCAUUGCCAGAACAGCCGGACCUCGUUGAGGGCCUUCCGGAAAUUUUGAAAGGCUCGUCGUUCUUAACCGCCGUCGACAAUCUUCGCAGAAACAUCCUUGUUGAAUACAUGAAUCGCAAUGCAGACAACAAGCACAGCGACCUGACAUCGUAUUCGUGGAUUUCUGGAGAAGCGUUCAAGCUAUUCUUCAGUCACGUAUCGCUCAGCAGAAAGGAAUGGGAAGGGCUCGAAAUGAAGCAGAAAAUGGAUGAUCUUGAAGAUGACAUUUUGGAGGAUGAGUCGGAUUCGGACUCGGAUGAUUCUGCACCGCCAUCGCCCACGGCUAUGGCAAUCAAUAGCGGGAGUGGACCAAGACCGUCCAAGAAGGCUCGAGUGGAUAAAUUGAGAUAA